AUGGCCGCCACUAAUUCCCGCACCGCGCAAGAUGUCAUUGCCGCCCUCAACCUGACCCCCCACCCCGAAAAGGGCUACUUUGUCGAAACCUACCGCGACGCCGUCCCAGCCGCCGCCACCACCACCACGGAGAAGCCGCGCGCCGCCAGCACCUACAUCUACUACCUGCUCGAGGGCACCUCGGGCCUCUCCCACUGGCACCGCGUCCUCGACGCCGUCGAGGUCUGGCACCACUACGCCGGCGCCCCGCUCCGUCUCAGCCUCUCCUGGGACGACGGCAAGCCUGUUCGCGACGUCGUCCUCGGCGCCGACCUCUGGGCCGGCCAGCGCCCCCAGGCCGUCAUCGAGCGCGCCGAGUGGCAGCACGCCCAGAGCCUCGGCGACUGGUCGCUCGUCGGCUGCUCCGUCGCCCCCGGCUUUGAGUUUGCCGGCUUCGAAAUGGCCCAGCCGGGAUGGGAGCCGCGUGCGGCCGCUGCGCCGCUCGAGAGCAGGUGA